AUGGGUCACAGACAUGUCACAGACUGCUGUGAUGGACACACUCAUGCAGACUCUGCCCGCGUGCAAGGAACGCUGUCAGAUCGUUUGAACCCAUCACACCCGCGCUUUGACAAAAAGCUGAAAGCAAGUUGGAAAGGCUUUUCCAAGAAGGAGAGAGCCGCUAUUGUUGACUGUGACCAAAAGAAGAUGAAGGCAACAGUCAGUGCGACUGUAUCCAUUGAGCACCCCUUUGAUGUGAAUGACGAUGACCACUGCGAGACGUCAUUGGAAGCUUAUCGUGAUGUGGCCGAGGCGGCCAUGGCCGAGCUGGACGGCCAUAUGUGUUGGCCAGUGGAAUGGUUUAAAGAGGACCUGCCAAUUGAGAAGACGAUCAACCGGUCAUAUCACGUGCCCAAGAUGAUGGACCCUUACGUCAAAGCACAGUCGCAGGAGCUCUUGGAGAUCCCAAAGCCAGAUGCCCCAGCUAAGAUGAACAUCCUUGUCUUUGCAGAUAUGCUGGGCUAUAGCAAGAAUCUCCUCGCCAAUGCUCCAGAGGGCCGAAUUAGCAUGAAGAAAGUGGUGGAGAACUACCACAGCCUCACUCAAGAGGAUGUGAAGCGAUUGGUUACGGAACCCAAGAAGGGCUGGGAUUUGGUGAUCUUUGCGGUGGGAUGCGAUCCUCCCAGAAGUAAUAGCAUCGAGGAUAUCAUCGAGCAGAACACUGUGAUUUCCAGAUUGUACUUUUGGUUGUCCUACGAGAUUCAACGGGCUGAAGGAAGCGCCCGCAAGAUUUUCUGCCUCGUGCGGGGGCUCUUCCACGAGGACAAGAGGACCCACAUGAAGGCGGGCCUCGGGAUCACGGUUUGCGGCACCUUGUUUGGCAUGACCAACACCCUUCGCCAGGAGCUGGAAGGUGUGGAUUUGCACUUCUGUGACACAGAGUACUUCAUGGAGGAGGACAGCCCGCUUUGGGCCUCUGUGGCGGCGGAAGCCUUUCGGGACACCACCUUUGGCAUGAUUGACGUGCGAAUCCUGGAAUCAGGGAGGUAUGUGCAGAAGCGAGUCUCGUCAAAGGUGUAUCAGGCAGCCAACAAGGAGUUUCCACUGCCUAACAGUGGCGUCAUCUGUAUUUCAGGAGGAAAUGGUGCCCUGGGUUUGGUCAUGGGUAACUGGCUCUUGGACAAGGCUGCCGAGCAAGGGAAAUCGGGCUUCCAAAUCCAAUUUCUCUCCAGAUCAAUGAAGAUCUCAGAGCCCAAGAUGCAGCAUGAGUCCCUCAUGGACUUGAACAUGCCUUUGUGGAAGGAUAUUGAAGCAAAAGCUGCCAAGUUGGGCGUGCGAGUGGAGCAAGGAAAGAUGGACAUGUCCUCCAAGGAGGGCUGCUGCAACUUCAUUGAGAAGCUCAAUGGAGAGUUGUACGGCUUCAUUCACUCUGCUGGCGUCUUGCAAGAUUCCAUGCUCAUGAACCUCACUUGGGAGAAGUUUGAGACCGUUUAUCAGUCCAAGCACCAUGCAGCUCUGUUCCUGCACUACGCCCUAGAGAACAAUCCCCAGAAGAACUUUCAGUUCAUGUGGAACUUCUCUUCCACCUCCGUCUAUGGCAACAUGGGUCAGCUCAACUAUUCGGGCUCCAACUCUUUCCUGGAUGUCCUCACACGUCACCGAAAGGCGAAAGGCAAGCCGUCACUGGCAAUUCAGUGGGGAGCCUGGGGUGAUGUUGGCAUGGCUGCGACCAUGACAGAUGCAAUGAGAUUGAGGACCAUGAACUCGCCCAUGCCUUACUUCUCCAACAAGGAAGGUCUGUACGGCCUGGAGUGCGGGCUGGCGACGGGCCUCGCGUACUUCAGCGUCUUCAAGUUCAACCCGCCCGUGAUGAUGGGAUCCGUUCAGUAUGCCGAUGUGGUACCUUCCUGCCACCAUCGGAACCACUACAGCGAGGUUUGUCCAACGCCUCCAGCACCAACCUUGGAACGAAAGCACUACUACACCAUCUACAGGAUGGCAAAAGGUGCCCAGACCACAGAUCUGAGGGCAACUCCAUUGGUGUACAAUGCCUACGUCAAGGCUAGCUUUUCUUUGAUCCUACACACGACCCUUCAAGGCAAAAGCCCUAAGAAGCUGCGCAUCUAUGACCCGUUCUUUUGUGCGGGUAGUGUGGUGAAGCACCUUGCUGAGCUGGGCUUCCCCAAAGUUUACAACAAGUGCGAGGAGACAACUGGCAUUCAGGGCACGAGGGUUUUGGGUUUUCUUCUAUUCCUGUCCUCGACCACUUUUUGCUCGGACAAGAAAGCGAGUCCUCAAGAACAUUUUGCUCGGACAAGAAAGCGAGUUCGAGAAGCUCAGACAUACUAUCUAUCAUUAUCUAUAUAUAAGAUUAUAUAA